AUGGGUGCUUCUGGGAACUGGAUUAAAUCACUCAUUAGUCUGAAAAGGCCUGGAUCAAAUGACCCUGAGAAGGAAGGCGGUAAGGGCAGGAGGUGGAAGCUGUGGAGGAGUGCAUCUGGAGGCAUUACAAUGGCGUCAAAGGGUGUUAAAGGACAGGGAAACUUAGCAGAGUCCGAGGUUUCUGAAUCAUCUUCGUAUGUAUUUGAUGGCGAAAUGGCUGCUGCUGUGGCUACUGUAGUCAGAGCUCCACACAAGGAAUUCAUGGUGGUUAGACAAGAAUGGGCUGCUGUUCGAAUUCAGUCUAUGUUUCGAGCUUUUCUGGCGAAGCGUGCUUUAAGGGCGUUGAGAGCAUUGGUUAGACUACAAGCUAUUGUUCGUGGUCGACUGGUUAGGAAGCAAGCCGAUAUAACGCUUAGAUGCAUGCAGGCUCUCGUUAGAGUUCAGGCACGAGUUAGGUCUCAUUGCAAUCAAACAUCGGUCGAGGGGGAGGUCACAAAGACUCAUGCUGAAGCUGAUCCUAUUAAGCAGGCCGAGAGUGGAUGGUGUGAUAGUCUUGGGACAGUCAAAGAGGUGAGGUCUAAGGUACAAAUGAAACAAGAAGGAGCCAUUAAGAGGGAGAGGGCAAUGGCAUAUGUCCUUUCUCAUCAAUUAAGAGAAAAGCCCGUCUCAAAUUCGGGAACGAACAAAAUGGCUACUCCAAGAAAGAUGGAUGAGAACAGUUCAAGACAUGAUUGGUUAGACCGGUGGAUGGCAACGAAGCCAUGGGAGACUAGGUUGAUGGAAGAACUCAAUAACGACUCAUCAGACACAACACCAAUUUCUAAUAGAUACAAAGAUCGUGAUGUUGGAUCGCUUUCUAGUUCGCCGGGUCUUGAUUCAGUGAGAAUCAGGUGCAAUAACAUUUCUACGAAAAAAUCCUCAAGAGUUCCAAUAAGUAGUCAAAUUACUUGCACCCCUUCUGAUCAAUGUGCUGAAUAUUUUCCCUAUGGUGAGAGUUCAACGUCAAAUUCAUCCACAACUACUUCUGAGGGACAAGGCACUAAUCCCAGCUACAUGGGUUUAACAAAAUCGAUCAAGGCUAAGCAGAAACCACAUGCUUGUUUGUCAAACGCUCAUAAUAUGCAGAGGCGUUCUUCUGCGGAUUCCCGAUACAGUAGAAAACCAAGUCCACUUUCGAGGGGUGCAACUCGGAGAAGUGCUGAUUCUGAUUUUUAUUCAGUUGAUUUGUGCCGGGAUCUCCGUACAAUGCGUAUGGGCCAAUAUGAUGGGGUGAGAAGUCGGGGUUAUUAG